UACCCUAUUACCAUUGGCUUUCUUGAAUUUGUUUAUACUUUGUUUAGAGUCUGUCAAAGAAAAUUUAAUUAUGACAAUGAGUUCUAAUUACUUAGACGCAGCUGCUCUAAAGGAAACAUUUAGGAGGAGCCCUUUCAAAUUCGCUAAUACAAAGGUUCCUCAAGGUGGCUUAGGAGAUAGUUUCACUCCUAUAAAAGAAGCUCCUGAGGAUGAAGCUCCAAAUGAUCAUCUCAAUAUCCAGACUCCAUUCAUCGAAUCAGCCCUCUCUGCAUCUCGGCUUCAGGAGAAGAAUACAAAUGUGUACUUUGACUACAUACAACUAAGCCAAGGAAUAAGCCAAGGCCGUGUAGAAGUCGUCAAGGACUUCUUGAACCGUCGUCCCGACGCAGUGGACGAAUGGAUAAACUUUUACGAGACACCUUUGUUGAAAGCUUGCGCGUGUGGGAAACCUGAGAUUGUUAAGGAGCUCCUCCGUCGUAUGACACCUGAACAAAUGAUUCCCAGGAUGAGCCAGAACGCUUCGUACCACACGCCUCUCACCGUCGUUGCGGUUAGUGGAAACAUGGAGAUUGCUGAAGUCUUGAUCGCCAAGAACCCUAAGCUGCUAGAGAUUCCUGGAAACAAUGGUCAGAUUCCUGUUGUGGUUGCUGUUGAGAACACGCAGAUGGAGAUGGCUCGUUAUCUUUACAUUAGAACUCCUGUUCAAGUGUUGCUUGAUGAAGAUGGGUAUCAUGGUACUUUGCUCUUCCUCAACGCCAUCUUUUAUAAAAUGCUAGACAUCGCACUGGAUCUGUUCAGCUUGAGUAAACGCUUGGCCGUUACAAAACACUCGCAAAUAGAGUCGAUACCCAUCAUAGUCUUGGCUUCAAAGCCUGAUCUUUUUCCUGGUGGCUGUUGUCUAGGACCGUUGGAACGCUUUAUCUACUCUUGGUUAGAAGUAGAGCUGCCGACUCUUCCAGAGGCUUCCCGUUCAAAAAAAGAUCAACAUAAUACACUCAUGAGGAAGCUACUCAAAUUACUCACCAAAUGGACCGGAAUAGACGAAGUGUACCGAAUGAAAGUGAUGCAUCUACAAGCCAAGAAGCUUCUCCUCGGAAUAUCAGAGGAAACACUAGCCAUGGGACUAAAGGAACGUUCUGAUACAGUGGACGAGGCUUUACUCUUUGCAGUGAGAUUUGGGAAUGUUGAUUUCUUGGUGGAGAUGAUCAAGAACAACUCCGAGCUUCUGUGGUCCACGAGGAGUAGCUCGAGCAGUACUCUGUUUCUAUUGGCCGUCGAGUUCAGACAAGAGAAGGUGUUUAGUCUCCUCUACGGUCUGGACGACAGGAAACACCUGUUGCUCGCUGACAAGGACUGUUACGGGAACGGUGUGCUUCAUCUCGCCGGCUAUCCUUCCCCUCCUUCUAAGCUCUCUAACGUCGUUGGCGCAACUUUGCAGAUGCAACGCGAGUUACAAUGGUUCAAGGAAGUGGAGAGGAUCGCACCGGAGAUAGAGAAGGAGAGAGUAAACACGGACGAGCAGACACCGAGCGAGAUAUUCACAAAGGAGCACGAAGAACUACGCAAAGAAGCAGAGAAAUGGAUGAAAGACACUGCGAUGUCGUGCAGCUUAGUCGCGGCUCUCAUCGUCACUGUAACUUUCGCGGCGGUCUUCACCGUUCCCGGAGGCACGGACGACGAGGCAAAAGGCAGACCGUUUCACUUGACAGACAGACGAUUCGUCACGUUCGUCGUCUCGGAUUUGAUCUCGUGCUUCGCCUCGUGCACCUCUGUUCUCAUAUUCCUCGGGAUACUCACCGCGAGAUACUCCCUGGAAGAUUUUUUGGUGUCGCUGCCGACUAAGAUGAUCACGGGACUCUCGAUACUGUUCGUCUCCAUCGCGGCGAUGCUUGUGGCGUUCUCUUCGGCUCUGUUUACGAUGUUGUCGGACCGACACGACAACGAGAAAUGGAUAGUUUCUCCGACGAUACUUCUCGCUUGUUUCCCGGCGUUGCUGUUUGUUCUGCUUCAGUAUCCUCUCCUCAAAGAGAUGAUCUUUUCUACUUACGGCAAAGGAAUCUUCGACAGAAACAUGAAAUGUUGGUCCUAAAAAUCCUAAUGUAAUGAUAUUUGAAGAAACAUGUCCAAAAACUCGUUUUAAGUGGAAAAUGUCUUUUUUUUUGUAAGUUUCAGACAUUAAGACAAUUUGCAGCCGUAGAAUAAUCCGCCAUGGAUUCAGUGGCUUUGGUUUUUUUUUCUAGAUACCCGUC